GGGCAGGAUAGGCAGGAGCCGGAAGCGGGGAGAUCGGAAGCGAGCUGACGUAGCCGGAAGGGGAAGCGUUCUCAGGCUGUGUUGUUGAUGUCUUUUGGAGGAGACGGUUCGUGGAAGGAUGGUGUGCGAAAAAUGUGAAAAGAAACUCGGCACAGUUAUCACUCCAGAUACAUGGAAAGAUGGUGCACGGAACACCACAGAAAGUGGUGGAAGGAAGCUGAAUGAAAACAAAGCUUUGACUUCGAAAAAAGCAAGGUUUGAUCCAUAUGGAAAGAAUAAGUUCUCCACUUGCAGAAUUUGUAAAAGCUCUGUACACCAGCCUGGUUCUCAUUACUGUCAAGGCUGUGCCUACAAAAAAGGCAUCUGUGCCAUGUGUGGAAAAAAGGUUCUGGACACCAAAAACUACAAACAGACCUCUGUCUAGAUGCUCUGGUGAACCCUCUGACCUUCUGUAGUUGUACUUUCUGCCUUGACUUCUCAAGGUAUAACAUGGAUGUUCCAUCUUACAAAAUAACCUGCUUCAAGAUGAGUGUCAGUCUAAAGCAGGGAAAUUGAUCAAUAUCCAUGCAUUUGCUAUCAUGAAGCUCUGAACAGCAGUGUUAUAACCAGGCUUCUGCCUUAAGAGGUUAUUCCUUGUGAGCAUUUUACUGAACUAGAAUAAGUGACAAAAUUAACGGAAAAGGUAUUCCUGAGUUCCAUAUGCACUUUCUAUUUAACAUUAUUCAUAUAAUUCUUAUCUGAUCCAUGUAUUUUAUUUAUAGAUAUUGCAAUCUGAAAUUACUGAUACUUUGCUCUGAAUUUGAUAUCCAGACUUAGAAUUCCUUCCUUACUCACAAAUGUCACAGUUCUUAGGAUCAGCAGUCCCUUGGUUAAAUGCAUUUUCAUUAGCUAUAGAUAUUCAAGAAAAUUAUUGCUGAAUGGUCCCUUAGUAACCAGUCCUGCCACAAGUCAAACAAGUUGCGAUUUUUUAUUGUAAAUGUUGUUGAAGCUAAAGUGCCAGUCCCUGUCUCCUGUGAACAAAGCCCAUGGAGUGCCCAUCUGUCUAGAUGGGUGCACUGCAUUUCAGAGAGAAGCAUUCUGUCCACAGCAUCUUAAAUUCAAGUGUCCUGAAAGCAGAAGGAACAGUGUCUGUUCACACGUAGUCAGGAUGAAGGUCUGUUUGGGAAUGAGUGUCCUUUGAAGCUGGAAACAAACCUUUUUAACCCUCUUCACCACCCUACCUUGCCCCACUCAGGAAAUCAAUAAAACAAGCAUUUGGCUCUG